GUAUUUCAGAUAUGACCACUUUUUCAUCACAGAUUUAGAAUAGGCGUUAACGUGUGACAUCAAAAUGGUCUGCACUAAAAAAAUCCAAAUAGCUUCGGCUGCGAUUGCUCUUAUUGGUUUCAUAUUUCUGCUCGUCGCAAUAUGCACCAAUUAUUGGAUCACAAGUGAUGUUGAAUCCAACUCCGGUCUUUGGCGAGCUUGCAGCGCUGGGAAUUGUGAAAAUUUGAAAAUUGGAUCCAGCAGAAAAUAUGAGAACUAUGAAAUGGUCCGUGGAUUCGGUGUUCUGGCCGUGUGUGUUUGUUUCCUUGGCAUCGUUCUGUCUCUUCUCAGUUGUGUCAUCCGUCGAGUUAAAAUUGGACCCUCAGUAGUGGCAACACUCUACCUUAUGGCUGCGUUUUUCGGUCUUACGAGUCUUGCUCUAUUCACAAGCAUUGUGAACACAAAGAAUUCGGAUGUGAACAGAGCAUGGGGAUAUUCCUUCAUUCUGGGUUGGUUCGCUUUCCCACUUACUCUUUUCCCUGGAGUUGUAAUGACAUACGUCGAGUUGAAAAUGACCAACUGAGACUUCAAGUUAACAACCUGCGGAUUUUGUCCAUAACUUUUCGCCUUUUAUGUAAUUGAUUAAUCAUUUUAUUCACUUUUAAUGCGACGGCAUUUUGCCAGUUUUUUUUUAUGUACAUAGCGUGUAGCAGAGGCCUUCACUACGUAUCAUGUAACUCAUUUUUUACGUGUUUUUACUGACUUUUAAUAAAUAUAUGCUAAUAUAAAGUGA